AUGUGCAGCUCCGGUCUGCUCGCAACGCUCCCCUCGCGAAUACCUUUGCAUCGAGUUUCUCGUCUAAAUGGCCUCCGCCUUGUAGCUCUUCCUCCUCAGAUCACCCAGCGAGCACUAACAACUGGUCCUACGCACACCCUUCCAAACUCCCGAACUCCGCUGGAGACCUCUCCAGGCCAUGCGUUUUCGAAACAUCCCUUCCCCGGCGGCAUAUAUUCAACUAUUCACGGGCUUUCCAUUGCGGGGCCUACGAAUUUAAAGCCUAUUCGCUCGUUUUCUGAUUGUCAAAGUCUUCGAAAGGACAAUAGUCCCCAAAAACCAGGCAGCCAUGUGAAAGAGGAUCUGGAAGAAGCUAUCGCGCACGAGGAUUUACACAAAGGAUUUGAGCGCUCGGAAAAGGCCUCGCAGGCCGCGCAGAUAAAUCUCAGCGCGAAGCUGGCGAAGGAUGGCCUGGCUCAUGGACAACGCGCCGGGAUUUCGGAGAUCUGGCGGCUGAUCAAGAUUGCUCGACCGGAAGCCAAGGUUCUCUCGGUGGCAUUUGUGCUUCUGCUUAUCUCGUCGUCGGUGUCCAUGUCGAUUCCAUUCUCUAUCGGCAAGAUCCUAGAUAUCGCCACGAGUUCAAACCCAGACGGACUGAAACAGCUUUUCGGGCUGAGCCUCCCUUGGUUCUACGGUGCUCUUGGAGGAGUGCUUACCCUUGGUGCUAUGGCUAGCUAUGGAAGAAUUGUCAUUCUACGCAUCGUUGGCGAGAGGAUUGUGGCUAGGUUACGGUCCAGGCUGUACCGGAGAACCUAUGUCCAGGACGCCGAGUUUUUCGAUGCGAACCGCGUCGGUGAUCUCAUUUCGCGAUUGAGUUCUGACACCAUCAUCGUUGGCAAAAGCAUCACGCAAAAUCUCUCCGAUGGCCUUCGAGCUGCAGUAAGUGGUGCUGCUGGUUUUGGCAUGAUGGCCUACGUCAGCCUCAAGCUCUCUGGUAUUCUUGCCUUACUACUUCCACCAGUCGCCGUCGCUGCUUUCUUUUAUGGAAGGGCUAUCAGGAAUUUGAGCCGCAAGAUCCAGAAAAAUCUAGGCACGCUCACCAAAAUCGCGGAAGAACGAUUGGGGAAUGUGCGAACUAGCCAAUCUUUUGCAGGAGAGAGAUUAGAAGUACACCGAUACAACAGCCAAAUCAAACGCAUAUUUGAACUGGGGAAAAGGGAAUCAUUCAUAAGUGCAACGUUUUUCAGCUCUACUGGCUGGACGGGUAACAUGACAAUUCUUGCUUUACUUUAUGUAGGUGGUGGAAUGGUCCAAACAGGAGCAAUCUCGAUUGGCGACCUCACGUCGUUCCUGAUGUAUACUGCCUACGCCGGUUCUAGCAUGUUUGGUCUAUCUAGCUUUUACUCGGAGCUGAUGAAAGGAGUCGGGGCCGCCAGCCGUUUAUUUGAACUUCAAGAUCGGCCGCCUACCAUUUCACCUACGAUUGGUGCGAAGGUUGAGUCGGCCCAAGGGCCUAUUCGCUUCCAACACCUUGCAUUCAGCUACCCCACUCGCCCUGCUGUGACCAUCUUCAAAGACCUCGAUUUCGAAAUUCCCCAGGGGGCCAAUGUAGCAAUUGUCGGUCCUUCGGGUGGUGGAAAAUCGACGAUAGCAGCGUUGUUGCUCCGGUUUUAUAAUCCAACCAAAGGCCAGAUUUACAUUGGUGGCAAAGACAUUGCUACAAUGAACGCCAAAUCGCUCCGAAGGAGGAUUGGUGUGGUACCGCAGGAGCCUGUGCUCUUCUCAGGCUCUAUAGCUGAGAAUAUAUCUUAUGGAAAGCCGGACGCCACGAGAGCGGAGGUCAUUGCCGCUGCAAGAAAGGCCAAUUGCCAGUUUAUCAGUGAUUUUCCUGAUGGCCUGGAUACAAAUGUAGGUGCGCGAGGUGCGCAGCUUUCUGGCGGACAGAAACAGCGUAUAGCCAUUGCUCGAGCGCUAAUUAAGAACCCUGAUAUCCUGAUCCUCGAUGAAGCCACAUCUGCUCUUGAUGCGGAGUCGGAAACGCUCGUUAAUAGCGCUCUGGCAGCUUUAAUUCGUGACAGUAACACCACAAUCAGCAUUGCCCAUCGAUUAUCAACGAUUAAACGCUCUGAUAUAAUCAUUGUGCUUGAUUCCGACGGCCGAGUUGCCGAGCAAGGAUCCUUUAACGAGCUUAGCUCAAAAAAGGACAGUGCAUUUAUGAAGCUUAUGGAAUGGCAGAUGACCGGUGGGGAGUCAGGAAUGACUCCAGUAGCACACUACGAGGGAUCCACAGCUCGUGGACCACCUUCUGAAGCGGAAGAGUUACAGCAAAUGCUUCAAGAAGGAGAAGACGAAGAGUACGAUGAUGGUAUUGAUGCUGAGGAUGAAGAACCUCAUCGACAAAAGCCUUUGGAGCCUGCACGGAGUGAUGAGGAAGUCGGUGAAAGAGCCGGCACCGCCGUCAGGCCUUAA